AUGGACUUCGACUGCAAGCAGAUCGCCGGGCUGGCCAGCGGCGGCGGCCAGCCCCCGGAGCAGGCCGCCUCCGCGCGAGCCGCCAGAGUGGCGGCCGUGGCGGAGACCACCACCAAGCUGGAAUUUGCAUUCUUCGGCAAGGCCGUGCCGCGCGACGUGCUCCUGGAGACGCACAGGCUCAACCGGGAGAGGGGGCUCAAGCGGGUGGCCUCGGGCGCCGGCGGGGCGCAGAAAUCGGGGGAAGGCGCGGACAAGGACGGCGACAAGCCAUCCACUGGGAAGGCAUGCACCACGAAGCCUAACAAGCGUCUGCCCGACGUCGCCAAGCUGCUGCCCAUGGCCGUGCGUGACCUCGCCCUGGGCACCACGCACUGCGGGCGCGUGCUGCGCGGCCGCGUGGUGGCCCUGCCGGCCUUCGCGGACGGCGUCACGGACGUCAUUGUCGAGGACGUGGCGGGAGAGCUGGUGCAGGUCUGCGUGCACAACCUCGCCGACGCCGAGACACACGAGGCCAUCGACAAGAUGUUCGCGAUCGGCACUAGGGUGGACAUCUGCGAGCCGUUUUAUGCCGUGAUCGACGUGGAUGCGGGCAGGCUGGGCAUCCGGGUGGACAAGCCGGCGGAGCUGCUGUUUGAGAGGUUGGACGGCCCCGGGGAGGAGCCCAAGGAGCUGGGCAACAGGCUGUUCCGCAGCCAGGACUACCUGGGCGCGUUCGAGCAGUACACGCAGGGGCUGAAGGCCCACGGCGAGGUGGCAGUGGUGCUGGGCAACGCUGCCGCCUGCUGCCUGGAGCUGCGGGAGCACCCCAAGGCGCUGGGGUUCGCGAUGGCCUCCCUGACAGUGGAGCCGUCCUACCCCAAGGCGUGGUUCCGGGCGGCGAUGGCGCUGCACAAGAUGGGCAAGCGCGUGGAGGCGCGGGCGGCCUACCGCCUGGCGCCGGAGGCGGCCAAGGCGGUGCUCAGGGAGACGGUGGACCUCACGGUGUCCUACCGGGAGUCCUACGCCUCGCCCUUCCAAACCCUGUGCCAGGCCCAGAUCACCGACCUGGUGAUGGGGAUCCCGGAUGGGGACAGCCCGGGGGAAUCCACCUGGGACGCGCUGAAGGAUCAGGGCAACGAGUACUUCCGGGAGAGGAAGUACCGGCAGGCGCUGGGCAGGUACAUGGCCGCCGCCCGGCUCGCCCAGGAGCCCGUUGUGAAGCUGUUGUCCAACCGGUCGGCCUGCGGCCUGCACCUGAACCAGCACGAGAAGGCGGUGGUGGACGCCACGUGCGCGCUGGUGUUGGACGGCGGGGACUCCCUUAAGGCCCUGUACAGGCGCGCCAGCGGCCUGCGGGAGAUGCAGGCCUUCGGGGCGUCGCUGCACACUGUGGAGCACGCCCUGCGGAGGCGGGAGGCGGAGGAGGAGGAGGAGGGCCUGCUGGCGCAGGUGCGGGCGCUCAGGGUGGAGGUGGAGCGGCUGAACAGGCAGGAGGGCGCGCACAUCAAGCAGCGGCGGGCCAAGGGGCGGAAGACGACCGAAGACAGGGUCGAGGCGUUGAUGAACAAGGGCGCGAUGAGUGGGCGACAGCUGCUGAAAUUCAAUGGGAUGAUGGACAAGACGCUGUCGGAGGACAUGCGGGAGGUGCUGUUCGACGACCGAGUGCCGGCGGUGCACACGGAGUACGCCAGCGGGGGGCACUUCCCACCCCAGGUGAACGUGGAGAAAUGCCAGGAGUGGCUGCUGACGGUGUUCGAGGAGUCGCGCACGAUCGGCUCGUACCUGCGGAUCCAGGAGCAGGCCGUGAAGCGCAACCCCAAAAAGGUGCCCUUGGAGCAGGUGCACUUCAUGAAGCGGCUGGGCACCCACGAGGGCGACGCGCUCAAUUGGUGGGUGGGGUCCCCCGCGGGCGACGUGUGGCGCAUGCGCCCACGGCCGACCUACGCCAGCGACGUCCUGCACAGCUUCAGCACGGUGCUGCCCAGGUCCGUGCACCUGCACUUCGGCGGCACCCACGUGGCCGUGGGCUACGUUGACCUCGGCCUGCUGCUCACGGCGGAGAUGCACGGCGACCCGGACGAGGACGGGCCGACCAGGUUCGUGGGGUACGAGUCGUCGGCGUACUGCACCGCCAAGACGGAGGUCAUCGCGGAUAUGCUCUUCCGGGGCGUGGUGGUGGACAGCAUCUUGCAGGUUUGGUUCAGCUCUAGCUGGUCAGAGAAGACGCUGGCCUUGUUUCGGGAGACAGUAGGGCGACUGGGAGAGGAGGCAGGCCGGCCGGAGGAGGUGGUCACGAUCUUGCGCCACUGGGCACGGGCCUCUCGAAUGACACUGCGCACUGCGCAAGAGAAGUGGCUUGCACUGCAUGAGAGCCACCACUGCAUACCUGUUAACCUGCUGCAGAUGAGCGACAGGGUGGAGGUGAUAAGUUACUUGCUGACGGGCCGGCUGCUGCACUGCGAUGUGGGCAGCAUCGUGAUGUUUGACAACCCACCAGGCAUGGCACACGUGGCCAAGGACGAGAGUGCGCUGUGGGUGGUCCACGAUGACAGAGGCCUAAUGAAGGACCACAUCAUCACAGGGUCAGUCAUGAAUGCAGUGUAUCGGCGGCUGAGGAGCCGGAUCACACGUCUGCAACGGAUGUGUGUCUCUGGACAAGUGAAGAUCGACCUCAACCUCCAGGCUGUGGCACCAGAUACCCCUGAAACCCAUGUUGACAUUUUGGCUGCACAGCCUCGGAGCAUUAGCUGGUCCAGUUUGUGCGACUAUUGUACUCCCGAUGAAUUUCACGACAUGGCACAGGCUUGCUCGCUGCCAGGCAAGACUGUGCACUAUGUGUACAGCAUGAACUGGAUCAGGGACGUGAAGGGGACCUUCGCAAUGGACUAUCCACUAGAGAACCAGCUGAAACUUGUGGACCUGGCGAACAAUGCGAUUUCCGCAGAAUUGGAGGCUGCGGAUCUGGAUCUCAUAUUCGUCCGACCGCCCGUGCAACACCCAUACAAUAUCACAGACGCAAUGCUUGCACGGUCGUACUAUGGUGCGUGGGUGGAAUACUUUUUUGAGAAUACCAACGUCUCCAAAGAGAAUAUGGGGUACACGCUUGUCAGGCCGUUUUCGAUCUUUGGCCGAUCGCGAGGGAAUCUGUUCAUGUGCUACUCUUACGAUUCAGAGAUUGAUUACUUCAGGUGGGACUACUGUGGACUAAAUGGGCUUUGA